AUGCCUGCCUGGGGGGUCCUGGUCCUGCUCUGGGCCACAGCGGAGGCCACCAAGGACUGCCCUGCGGCGUGCACCUGCCAACCCCUGGAAACCAUGGGGCUGAGGGUGGACUGCAGGGGGCAGGGGCUCGCGGCGCUGCCAGCCCUGCCAGCCCACACCCGCCAACUCCUGCUGACCAACAACAGCUUGCGCUCCGUGCCCCCAGGCGCCUUCGACCACCUGCCCCAGCUGCAGACCCUCGAGGUGGAGCAGAACCCCUGGCACUGCGACUGUGGCCUCACCUACCUGCGCCUCUGGCUGCAGGACCGCAUGCCCGAGGCCCUGUGGCUCGUGCACUGCGCCAGCCCCAACCCCGCCGCCAACCGCCCACUGCACAACCUCACGGGCUUCCAGCUGGGCAACUGUGGCUGGCAGCUGCAGACGUCCUGGGCCGGCCCGAGCACCUGGUGGGACAUGGCUCUAGGGGCCGUGGCCAUCCUGGGCCUGGCUCUGCUGGCCGCCCUGCUGUGCACCACCGAGCCCCUGGACUGA